AUGAAACUGGAAGAAACGCGAGUGGUUGCUACGACAUGCCCUCCCAUCUCACGUUUGGCCUACAAUGUUUACAAGACGGAUCUGACUUCAUGGCAAGAUGUGGCGAAUACCUUAGCGUUCACGUUUGAGCGUAUACUUCAACUACCAUCUGAAUCAUUCUGGAGCACCGUCGUCUUCGAUUCUAAUAUCAUGACCGCAUUCGAUCAGGCUCUAGAAGCCCUUCCCAGGGAGUUUGAGUCGGAUGAAUACCAGCUCAUAUUCGGAUGGGAUCCGUCAGUAUCGAAAGCGGCGACCCGUCUGUACUAUUCAACCUUUGCACUUUUUCUCCGUACUGCCGUAUUCAACGAAAAGACGGAUGCGCAACUUUCAAAAAAAGAGUAUACUGAAAUAAUCCGUGGGCGAGGCAUCUUUCCGUCCAAGCGACUGGCUUGUGCAAUUUCUUUUUUCUCUGAAUACAAUGAGAUUGCGGUAGAGCUGACUAAGAAACAGUCGCAGCUUGAUCCACGCGUUUCCCCUGAACUUAGACAGAUAUGUGCCGAACUGGGAAAGUCCGUUGCGGUACUUGCAAAGAAUGCACGUCAAUUAUUGGAUGAGUUCUAUAAGCGCGAUGGGGACGCCAAGGUGGAUAUUGCUCAUUUAAUCGACGAAUGGCUCUGUGCCUCUAUGGUUUUGUGCAGGGAAGGGUGUACUCUAGUUGAUGUCCUUUCUCAAGCUGGCCUAUUGAAAGAGAUAGGCCCUUACGUGGAAGAAAUUCCUGCUUUUGUCGAACAAGUAGCUCAGUUAUUCCCCACGGAAGCAAUUUUUGACGUAGCAAUGAUGCUUUCGGACUAUCCACUUAAGUAUGUAAGCGAUUUCAUUUCAAUCAUUUCCUUUUUGAUUCACUAA